AUGGCAAGCCGAGCUCUCCCUCUCCUCCAGCUCACUGCCACCCUCUUGGUGGCGCUACUUGCGACGUGCAACGCCGGCAGCAUCGCCGUGUACUGGGGCCAGAACGACGGCGAGGCGUCGCUAGCCGAGACGUGCGCAUCCGGGAACUAUGAGUUCGUCAUCCUUGCUUUCCUACCGAAAUUUGGCAAGGGCCAAACGCCGCAGCUUGACCUUGCCAGCCACUGCGACCCUUCGUCUGGUGGCUGCAGAGGCCAGAGCAAGGACAUCAAAGUGUGCCAGACCCACGGCGUGAAAGUCCUGCUCUCCAUCGGCGGCGGUGAUGGUAGUUACGGCCUCUCGUCCCCUGGCGACGCACGACAGGUGGCAUUGUACCUUUGGAACAACUAUCUGGGCGGCGCGUCCUCGUCCGGUCCACUCGGCGCCGUCGUACUCGAUGGCAUUGACUUUGACAUUGAGCUCGGCAGCGCCAAGUUUUGGAACGAUCUUGCCACGGAUCUGAAGAAUUUGGGCAAGAACGGAGGAAAGACCGUACUGCUGAGCGCGGCACCGCAGUGCCCGUUCCCGGAUGAAUGGGACGGUGGCGCGAUCAGCACGGGGCUAUUCGACUUUGUGUGGGUGCAGUUCUACAACAACGAGGAAUGCCAGUUCAGUGCGGGACGCGGGGCAUUCAUGGACGCGUGGAAGAAGUGGGAGUCAGUGCCGGCUGGGAAGAUCUUCCUGGGUUUACCGGCCUCCAAGGACGCGGCAGGCACGGGGUUCGUUCCUUCCGGCGAGCUCAUCUCGCGUGUGCUGCCGCUUAUCAAGGGCUCUCCCAAGUACGGUGGUGUCAUGCUAUGGUCCAAGUUCUAUGACGACCGUACGGGAUACAGCUCCGCCAUCAAGAGCGACGUGUGA